AUGGAUCCGGUUAUUGGUAUUCAGCAGAAUUGUGAAUCUUACUGGAACUUAAUCCACGAAAAUUACAUCAAGUUCAAGGAGAAACUAUUGCAUGACUCUCUUCAAUUUUCCAAAGAUCUGUAUCAGGCAGAUACUGGUGAUGAAUUUGCAUUUGAUCAUUGCUGGGUGAUUCUUAGAAACUGUGGCAAAUGGAAGGACUUACCCAUAGACCACAAAGGAAAGAUUGCAUCAGCAAAGAAAAACCCUCAAAAACAUGCACUGUCUUCCAACCCACCUUCUAGUGCUGCAUUGGUCAUUGAACUGGACCAAGACAAGAACAGCAAGGAUGCAUACUCUAUGACCUCUCAUUCAACUUGUCCAAUGGGCACAAAAGCUGCAAAGAUGGCCUGA